UGCUGCAGGGCUUGGGGGAUCUUACUUCCCCAACCAGGGAUCGAACCUGCGCCCCCUGCAGUGGAAGCAUGGACCCCUAACCACUGGACCGCCAGGGAAGUCCCACUGUUCCUAUAUCUUUGCAGGACUUCCCUCUCACAUCCUUCUGGCCUCUGCACAGAUGUCUCCUAUUUGGAGAGGGCUUUUCUAGCAGUUAGCUUAAAAUGGCCCCUUCCUGUUGCCUGUGUUCUGGCAUUUUUGUGUAGGGAACCUGGCAAAAUUCCUGGUUGAAUUUGUCCAGGAUACUGUGGGAGCAAAGAGAAAACAAUGAGAAAAGAACCAUAAUAGCCGGCCGGCCUCCAUUGAGUCUUUGCUGUUAGCAGGUAGACAGGCAUAAUAUAUCACCUCAUGUAAUCCUCACCUUUUCAGAGCUAAGUUCUGUUAUUGUCACUGUUUUGUACAAGAACAACUUGAGACUCAGAGAAGUUCAGUUUCCUGCCCAAGUUCACUGCAGUUCUUAAGUAGCAGAAACUAACAACCAGUAUGUCGCUGCCACAGCCUGUAUUUUUACCCUCUUCUCUACAGACAGUGGAGAGGGAUGCCUGGAGGUGACACCUAAAGUAAACUUUGCAAGCCAUGCAGGCUUCCUUCCGGUAGGCAGUCUUGGCAUGAACCAGGGACAUGGCAUUUCAGCAGGCGGAAGAGUGUGGACCAAAAGAAAGAUGCUUGUUACUUAUGAGGAUGUGGCCGUGACUUUUACCCGGGAGGAGUGGGGGCAGCUGGACCCCGCCCAGAGGACCCUGUACCAGGAGGUGAUGCUGGAGACCUGCGGGCUCCUGGUCUCUCUGGGGUGUCCUUUGCCCAAGCCAGAGCUGAUCCACCCACUGGAGCACAGCCCAGAGUUACAGACGUCGAAGAGAGGCCACUCCCCGAGCUCCUGCCCAGUUCGGGAGUCUGGGAAAUCCAGGAUCAAGAUGCUGGCAGAUCUGGCGUCUGAUGAGGACCUGCUCCUUGGUGUGCAGAUGGCAGCCUUCUCAUUCUGUCCUCACAUGGCAGAGAAAAGAAGCAAGCUCCUUAGUAUCUUUUCUGGUGACAACACAAAACCUGACACUACAGAGCCUGCCCCUUCUCACCUGGCCUUGUCUGAGGAAGUCUCACCCCAGGAACAACCGACUCAGCGAGCCUCAGGGGACUCCCGGUUGGGACAAACCAAGGAUCAGGAUGGGCCACUGGAAAUGCAUGAAGGCCACUUGAGACCAGGGAUGGACCCCCAGAGGGAGAAGCUCUCUGGGCAAAUGAGCCCUGAACAUGGUGGUUUAGGGACACAUGAUGGUUGUCACUCAAGGAUUGUUCAGCAGCGAGUCUUUCCAGGAGAUAUUCUUUAUGAAUGUGACUCACAUGGACCAGUGAAAGGACCCUUGAUACAUGAAGGGAAACACCUCUAUAAGUGUGAGGAAUGCGGGAAAGUUUUUAACAAGAAUUGCUUCCUUAUUCGACAUGAACAGAUUCACUCUGGCGUGAAGCCCUAUGAAUGCACAGAGUGUGGGAAAACCUUUAUUAAGAGCACACACCUCCUCCAGCACCACAUGAUCCACACCGGGGAGAGGCCCUAUGAGUGCACAGAGUGCGGGAAGGCCUUCAACCGCAGGUCACACCUCACGAGGCACCAGCGGAUUCACACUGGAGAGAAGCCUUACAAGUGCAGUGAGUGUGGAAAGGCCUUCACCCACCGCUCCAAUUUAGUCUUACAUAACAGAAGCCACACUGGGGAAAAACCCUUUGUGUGCAAAGAAUGUGGGAAAGCCUUUAGAGAUAAGACAGGGUUCCUUCGACACUACAUCAUCCACACGGGAGAGAAGCCCUUUGAGUGUGUGGAGUGUGGAAAAUCCUUCAACCGCAGAUCACAUCUCACCUGGCACCAGCAGAUUCAUAGUGGAGUGAGACCCUUUGAAUGCAGUGAAUGUGGGAAAGGCUUUUGUGACAGCACAGACCUCAUCCAACACUAUGUCAUCCACACCGGAGAGAAGCCAUACAAGUGCCUUGAGUGCGGGAAGGCCUUCUACCGCAGGUCACACCUCAAGCAGCACCAGCGGAGUCACACCGGGGAGAAGCCCUAUGUGUGCGGUGAAUGUGGAAAGGCCUUUACCCACUGCUCCACUUUUAUCUUACAUAAAAGAGCCCACACUGGAGAAAAACCCUAUGAAUGCAAAGAAUGUGGGAAAGCCUUUAGCAAUCGGUCAGAUCUCAUUCGACACUUCAGCAUCCACACUGAAGAGAAGCCUUAUGAGUGCAUGGAGUGUGGGAAAGCCUUUAACCGUAGGUCAUACCUCACCAGACACCAGCGGAUUCACAGUGGAGAGAAGCCCUAUGAAUGCAUGGAAUGUGGCAAAGCCUUUUGCCAAAGGGCAAACCUCAUUCGACAUGCCAUCAUCCACACUGGAGAGAAGCCCUAUGUGUGCACUGAAUGUGGAAAGGCCUUUACCUACUGCUAUACUUUCAUCUUGCAUAAAAGGGCCCAUAUUGGAGAAAAACCUUUUGAGUGCAAAGAAUGUGGGAAAGCUUUUAGCACUAGGAAAGACCUCAUUCGACACAUCAGCAUCCAUGCUGGAGAGAAGCCCUACGAGUGCAUGGAGUGUGGGAAGGCCUUUAACCGCAGGUCAGGCCUCACCAGGCACCAGCGGAUUCACGGUGGAGAGAAGCCCUAUGAAUGCAUGGAGUGUGGGAAAACCUUCUGCUGGAGGACAAGCCUCAUUCGACAUUCUGUCAUCCACACUGGAGAGAAGCCCUAUGAGUGCAGUGAGUGUGGAAAGGCCUUCAGUCGCAGCUCAUCCCUCACUCAGCAUCAGAGGGUUCAUACUGGGAGAAACCCUGUCAGUGUGACAGAUGUGGGAAGAACCUUCACAAGUGGGCAAUCCUCAGUCAGUCUUCAAGAACUCCUAUUGGGGAAAGACUUUUUGCAUGUAACAACUGAGGAAAAUCUUUUGCCAGAGGAGACAUCGUACUCAGAAUCUGAUCAUUCAUACCAAAGAGAAACUUCUCAUUUUUCUUCCCCAUGAGAAAAGCUAUUGCAGGAUAUCAGUUGUCAUCUAAAGAGUCAUGUUAGAAAUGGCCUCAGCCUAGAAACUUAUUCUGUAUCUGAAAAUUCACACAGGAGAGUGAUCAAAUCUUUAUUGUGCACUUAGCAAAACCCUCAGCCACAUCUUUCUCCUUAGUUUUACAUUACAAAAUUAUAUCAGGGAUAUUUAAAUAAAAGAGGAGGAGACGAGAAAAGAGAGAAAUGCAAACACAGCUUUCAGAUUUCCGUGAUGAGCCUGUGGCAAUUUGUCAUCCCUUCCUUAGUUUAUUUGAGGUAAGGGGAGUGUUGUUGCAGGGAUCAGAGGGCCUUGUUCCUUUUAUUUGUCUUGAAUAUACAUGCGCUGCUGUCCAAUGUCAGGAGAUUUAGACAGUUGAGGGUAUGUCUGAAAACAUUUACUGAAAGCCAACUUUGUUCUACAACAUUGUCUCUAUCCUUGAGUAGCAUAUGUUUUUUUGAGAAAUAUGAAGGCUUGACUUAUGAAAUACUUUCAUAUUUAAGGAGAUAAAGAUGUAUGUAUGUAUGAAUGGGCCCAUUUUACUGCAUAUUUGAGACUGAUUUUUUGAAAACAUACUGUGUCAUGUGUCUUUAACCACCUAACACUCAUACUUAAUCUACUUGUUUAUUUUUUCUUUUUUUUUUUCUGUGGGGUGACAAUGACAGUGUAGCUGUGCGACCUUCCCAGAUGAAUCCCAGUUCUUCCUUCUGAUUCCUCCUUAGAGAGGCUUCUUCAGGUCCACCUCAGUGACUUUCUAGAGGUCGAAUUAGAGCCAGAACAAAAUGAAACACAUAGCUAAAUUAAGCUAAAGGAUAACGAUACAUGCAGAGAGGUAAUCUCAUUUUUAAUCUUACAAAAGAUUGUGUGAAGAGUCACUGUCAAGUAAAGUGACUAGAAUUUUAACAGAUGAAAUGAGCAUGUGUGGGUGCAGGUACAUGUGUGUUCCACAGUUGUUGCCAUUGGCUUAGUCCCAGUAUAAUGACUAAUGACUAGUAUCUUUUGUCAGGGUAUUUUGAAAUUCCUUCUUCGCAGUUUUGGUUUAUUUUUUGUUUUUUGGUUUUUUUUUUGAGCAACAUGUGAUAGUAUUCCUUCAUGUUAAGAAAUAUACUGUACAGAAAGACAUAAAAAUAAUCAUGUAUUCACUCUGAACCCUCCUGAGGGCCUUUCAAAUGACCGCAUGUCUAGUUUUGUAUUCCCAUUGUAGGCCAAGUCAUUUUUGUCACGUUAAUCCAUGGCAUUAUUGUGAAGGCCCCUUCUUCCUGCUUUUCAUGUCUUGUCUAAGAAGUCUUCAGCAAGCUCUAGGUCCUGAAUAUUUUCUCCUAAAAGUCUUAUAGUUUUACCUUUUAUAUUUAAAUCUCUAGUUCAUGUUGAGUUAAUUUUUGUAUUACCAUGUGAAGUUUAGGUUGUGUUUUUUGCCUCAGGAUGUUUAGUUGUUCUGGUACCAUUUGUGGAAAAGACUGUCCUGCCUCUAUUGAAAUGAACUUAGUAAAGAAUCAGUUGGGCAUAUUCAUUUUGGUCUAUUUCUGAGUUCUUUAUAUUAUCCUGUUGAUCUGGGUAUUUAAACCUCUGCUAAUACCACAUUAUCUUGAAUACUGUAGCUAUCAUUAAAUCUUAAAAUUGGGUAAAGUGAUUCCAUCUUCUUUAUUUUUAAAAAUUGAUUUAGUUUUCCAUGUCAAUUUUUCCUUUGGUUUUCUGUAUAAAUUUUAUCAUGUGCUUGUCUAUAUUUUAAAAACAUCUUGUGGGGUUUUUUAUGGAUGUUACAUUAAUCUGUGGAUCAUUUUGGUGAGAUUUGGCAUCUUUAUUAUGUUGAGUCUUCCAUUCCAUGAACGUGGUAUGUCUCUCCAUUUAUUUAGGUUCUUUGACUUAUUUCAUUAGUGUUUUAUAAUUUUCACCUUACAGAUCCUGAACAUAUUUUGUUAGAUCUUUAUCCAUGCACCUUUUCUUGGAGUCAUUAUAUGUGGUAUUGAGUUUUUCAUUUCAGUUUGCUCAUUAUCAUUACUGUUAUAGGGAAAUAUAAUUAAUUUUUAUAUGUUGACCUUGUAUCCUGUGCCCUUGCUGGACUCAGUUAUUAGUUCUAGCCGGUUUUUUUUUUUUUUUUUUUUUUUUGGUAGAUUCAUCAGGAUUUUCUUCAUAAGCAAUGUUAUCAGUGAAUAGUGAACAUCUUAUUUCUUCCUUAUGUGUAUCCGUUUUAUUUCCUUUUCCUGUCUUUGUUCUACUAGCUAGAAUUUCCUGUACAAUGUUGAAUAGAAAUGGUGAAAGAGCACACACUUGUUCUUUUUAAAAUAAAUUUAUAUAUUUUUGGCUGCAUUGGGUCUUCAUUGCAGCACUCAGGCUUCUCCCUAGUUUUGGCGAGCGGGGGCUACUCUUCGUUGCAGUACACGGGCUUCUCAUUGUAGUGGCUUCUCGUUGUGGAGCACUGGCUCUAGGCAUGCGGGUUUCAGUAGCUGUGGCACACGGGCUCAGUAGUUGUGGCUCACGGGCUCCAGAGCACAGGCUCAGUAGCUGUGGCACAUGGGCUUAAUUGCUCUGUGGCAUGUGGGAUCUUCCCAGACCAGGGCUCAAACCCAUGUCUCCUGCAUUAGCAGGUGGAUUCUUAACUAGUGCACCACCAGGGAAGCCCACUUGUCAUGUUCUUAAUUUUAAGGGGAAAGCGUUCAGUGUUGCUUGACCAUUAAAUAAGAUGAUAAUGUGGGUUUUUAUAUAGAUGUUUUUUAUCUAGUUUGGAAGGUUUCCCUUCUCAUUUGCUAAGAGCUUUCAUUAUGAAUAGGUGUUGAAUUUUGUCAGAUGACUUUUCUACUUCAGUUGAUGUGAUCAUAUGACUUUUCUUCUGUAGCCUGUUGAUAUGAUGGAUUGUCUGACUGGAUUUGAAUGUUGAACCAGCCUUGUAUUUCUGCAAAGUAAUCCCUGCAGUCAUGGAAUAUGGAAUAUAAUGAUAUAUAUGUGUGUGUGUGUGUGUGUGUGUAUAUAUACAUACAUUCCUUUUGCCAGUGUUUUGUUGAGAAAUUUUAUGUGUAAAAUCAUGAGCAUAUUGGUCUAUAUUUUAUUUAUUUAUUUUUGUACUGUUAUUGGUAUCUGAGUAAUACUGGCCUCCCAAAAUGAACUAAGAAGUAUUCCCCCACCCCGACUCCAUCGCCCCCAACUUGGAUGAGAUUUUGUAGAAUUGGUUUUAUUUCUUCUCUAAAUGUUUGGUAGAAUUCUCUGGUGAAACCAUUUGGGCCUGGAGAUUCCUUUUAGUGUAAUUUAUUAAUUGCAUCUCAUGAGAAUAUGUAGGGAUGUUAUUAGUUCUCAAAUAUUGUAAAGUGAAGUCUCAAGUUGGAUAUCCUAUAAUAAUUUAAGAACAAGAUUAUGCUUUAAAUAAUAGGACUUGAACACUUUAAAGGACCAUGGAGACCCCUUCAAUUUAAUGAUUAGAAAACUGAGGUGCAGAGAAGUCAGGUGACCAGCCCAAGCCCAUAUUCUCAAGAUAAGGGCAGAUCCCAUCUAUUUCUCCUAACUUACUGGACUGCUGCCCAUUAUACUGCUUAUAAAAGCCCUAUCAAAUUGGCAUUGGGGAUGUCAUUAUUUUCAAAAAAUAUGUUCUCCAGUUUUGAUUAUCCUUGCUUCCUUCAGGCAUGGGUUGUUUCGUAUUUUGUAACUUAAUUUCCAAGCACAUCUUUAAAUGUUUUCAAUCACAUCUUCUGUUUCUAAUCUUUGUCCUGUUUUAUUUCAGUCUCUGUUUUAUCACAUUCUAUGCAAGUUAGAGAUUU